AUGCCUAUCCUGUUAUUGUUAGCAUUUUCUAUCGCCGCUGACAUAAGCUUCGCAUACCGGGGACGCAUGAGUUUUUUCCUUUUUGUUACCAUUACUUCAUGGCUUCUUGUAAUCGCCUGGUUUGUGCUGUUCACCUUCAAUUUGCAGACAAAGAUCAACCUCAGCAUUAACUGGAAUAUUACGCUCCUGAUAUUUGCUGCUGUUGUCGCUUUUCUUUUGCUGAUCAGUUCGGCGUUGUUGGCUGAUGGUGUCAGGAAGUUUGAGUCAGUGCCCCUUGAUGACGUUUCUGCAAAUUCCAUCCCGGACCUGGUCCAGGACCGGAAACGGAACCUGGACUUAUUACGCGCUGCUGUGGCGUUUGGCUUCAUUGCCAUGUUUGUGUUCAUUGGAGAUGCUGUUGUGGAAUUCCUAAAAGUUACUGGAAAGACGCAAGUACAAAUCGCUUUAUAGACUUGGACCACCCUAAAGACGCUUGAUUUUCUCUUAUUUCCUCGAUUUAUUUCGUUAUCGAUACUGUCACAUCAGUAAACGCUGCCCGUCCAGAUGUAAAAGAAGUAACAAGAGUGAUUUUGGGAAGGUUUUCAAGGUACCGAGAUAGCCGUUUCUGGAUGUGUCUCAGAUCUUCAUUAUUCCUACUUAUGGUCCUUUAUUAUGGUACAGCUUUUAAGGUAAAACCUAUUAAAUAUUAGACCGCAACAAAGGUAGUGCCUUUUUUCGUAGCUGUUGUUUUGUCUCGUCAAGGAACAGGAGACCAAAUAAAAGCUCUUCAGGGAACACGAACAAACGUUCUGUGCGAAUGAACCAAAAAGUACGUUGUUAUCUAUUAUGUCAUAAGUCCGGCUUCAGCCCUACGAGUGUUUAGCAUCUAAUUUCUAACAUUAUAAGAAUUGCAUGGUUGGCAGUCAAGAGAAUGACAAGUUUGACCCGGGAGUUAAAGGGUUAAAUCAAACAUUAAGAUCACAGGAGUAAAGGGAAUGAUCACCAACUAAAGAAGCUCUUGAACAUGCAACUUUCUCCAGUCAGCUCAAAAGGAAUAAAGAACAGUAUGGAAAACAUGCAUACUGUUGUUAGCCAUGGUAAUAAGUGUCAAAAGAGAAAAGAAAGGAGGGAAA